GUCGUGUUUCGCCUUCUCUGAUAAUAAUGGCUUCUGCUUGUCGUAAGCUCUUUAACAGAGCUUCCGUCUCUUCCCUCAAAUCCGCCCUCAGAUCAACCACCGGAUCUACGCCGGCUGCGUCAUCAGCCGGAUUUCGUCUUCCUUCUCAACCCUCUCGCCAUUUCUCCUUCUCCAGGUGUCCGUCGGAGCUGGGAUGUGUGCAGUCGCUGUUACCGCUGCACAGCACGGUGGCGGCGGCGAGGCUGACGUCGUGUCUAAGCACAACCUCAAGGAGUAGCCGAGCUCUCUCUCAGGAGCUUGGCCUUUCAGUUCCAAGGUGACUCAAAAACCGUCAUGAAGGUUAACUAUGGAAUGAUGGAAGGGGCAGGAUCUCAAAGAGUUGUUUCUUUUCUUCCCUUUGUCAAACUUCGAGAAAAGAAGUGUCUGUCAUUCUUUUUGUGACAAAUAAGUAUCAUUGAUUACAAAUCUCAUGUACUUUGAUUUAUGAUGAGAAAAACAUUAUAUACAAAAUGUUUUGUAAGAAGUAAAAUUUAUUUUGUUAC